CUCAAUAUAAAGGAGUCUUGAAAAGAAGCGGCAUGAAGACAAGCUUUAUCGCAACAUGGUGUCUGCUGUUACGACUAUGGGCUGCAUGAAGUCGGCCGCAGGGACUCUUCUUCUGUGGUUUUUUCUUCUGAACGUAGCUGAUUCUUAUCCCAACUUCGACUCACCAAGCAUGGGCUGUGGGGAAUGCAGCCUGGGUCUGAACCGGGUUCUUUCACGGGACCGUCCCAUCUACCAGUGCAAGGGCUGCUGCUUCUCCCGGGCGUACCCGACGCCGCAGACGGCCAUGCAGACCAUGGCGAUCCCCAAGAACAUCACCUCAGAGGCAACGUGCUGCGUUGCAAAGCACAGCUACGAGACAAAGGUAGACGACUUCCCAGUGAGAAACCACACAGAGUGUCACUGCAGCACCUGUUAUUAUCAUAAGUUGAUAUGAAACGUGGAAACCUGCAGCCUGUCUCUUUUGAAAUGCACAAGCUGCUCUCUGUUUGGAAGCAGGUGUUGUUUAUGUUAGCGUUUCUGUGUUUGUGAUGUGUAACUAGCCUUCGUGUUUGCAUUGAUAACUGUGUAUCAAUAACUGAGGACUUGAAAUUAAUUAAAAAAGUGCACCAAGAGGUCAUCAUGAAGGUCUGGUGUCUUGUUUAUUUUAUAAACUGCUCUAUGUGAUGUGAUUGCAAACUUUAUGUUGAAAAUAAAUUAUUUUAUGGGACUUGAAAUGACUUAUGUAAACAACUAAUAACAUUUUAUGUAAAUACAGAGGUUUAUUUUUUUUUAUUUGAUCAAAAAUCAUCAUAUUUUAUUUGCAUUUUUCAAAUAAAUUCUUCUUGGUUCUUCUUACAACUAAUUCAGUUUGGUGUACUAGAAAUCGAGCUUUAAAGUGAAAAAUGUUGCCAGAAAACCUGAAUCUUUAAU